UGGAGAGACGACGGAGCCAGAGACAGACCUGGGCCRUCGUAACCCUCCAGAGGAACUUCUGCCGCCUCCUGCACCGCAGGCGCCUCCGCAUUCUCCAGGAAAAAGUCACCAUCAUUCAGGCUUACUUCCGAGGUUACCAGGCAAGGAAGCUAUACAGGAGACGGAAGAAAACUYUGAUGCAGUUUAAGAUGAUGGUUUUAACCUCCAGACCCAUUGUUCAAAGGAGGAAGUACUGGCAGCAGGAGUUUGAAGAAGGGAAACAAAGAAGGAGGUCCCUGGCCAGUGGUGACACAGAGAACAAUCCCAGCCCAGGAAUGGAUGUGGGACUGCUGGAGAUCCCUGCAGAACUUGCUGCCCUGUUGCGCUUAGCUGAAGGUCAACAUCAAGCACAAGCCAACCAGAUAACUGAGACGUUGCCUCCAGAGGUCAAAGUCAAAGAUGAUCUUUCCCUUCCGCCUGCCAUCAACAGCUACCCCUUCUCUACCUUCAUCAAGUCCCACUUCCAGAAUACAGAUUUCCCUGCUCCUGGUCAUCCCCUUCAUCAGCCCUUAACCCGUCUGGAAGCUGAACACCGGGAGAGUGCACUUGAGAUCAACAAACUGAUUUUGCGGUUCGUUGGUGACAAGAACCUCCGUGGCUGGCAGGAACUGCUUCUGGGCAACUAUAUUGCUGGCAGAGGUUUGAAUAACCUGUCCCUGCGUGACGAAAUCUUCAGUCAGGUGGUCAGCCAGGCAUGGAAGAACCGAGACAUGGAGCAGGGCCAGCGAGCCUGGGUCCUAAUGACAACCUUGCUGAGCUCCUUUACUCCCUCACCAGCCCUGGAGAAGCCAUUACUGAAAUUUGUCUCGGACCAUGGCAUGGAAGGUUACAACGCCGUUUGCCAACGCAAGAUCUUGACAGCCAAGCCGCACACAGAGAUUGACCCAGCAGCUGCCCGAGCCUACCCUCCCACUCAGCUGGAGUGGACUGCAAACCAGAGAAGAGGGAAGAUGGUGCUAGACAUUCAUACCUUUGCUGAGGAGAAGUUCUCAGCUGAGGUGGAGUCCUGGAUGACCGGGGAGCAGUAUGCAGCCUGGCUCCUGAGUUCAAGGGGCUGUGACAAGAGCACUCGAGGAUGGUCUGUCUCCAUGUUCAAUGGUAAUACAUGGCAGAAUCUGCUGGGAUGUGACUUUGUGCUGGACCUCAUUGGGGAGAUGGAGGAGGCCAGGAGCCCCAGCAACCCCUCUCAUUCCUCAGUCACGUACCCCAUYGCCCCUGAACAGGACCUGCAGAACUCUGCCCUGGAUCACAGGAUCCCCCCUGCUCCAGGCAUCCRGGCCCCUGUUUUCCCACCACCGAGUCUCCCUCCAGACUUCAGCCACCUCUACUCAGACUUCCCUGUGCUCCUAGGUGAAAAAUUUGGAGAGGACCUGAGGACUCCUGUGGGCUUGGAKCACUAUGUGGAUGAUCUGUUCAGCCCUGUGCUGCAUCAAGGCUCCAGGGUACCAGAUAUGGAGAACGGGGAGAGUCUGACUGGGCGCAUGAAAGGAGGUGGGAAGAUUGGACCCACACAGAGAGGAAUCUUUCCUCCUACAGGCCUCCCUGCAAUGAUGCAAGUACCAACUUACCAGCCUAUGCCUGCAAUGGCAGGAAUGAUGCCAGCAUCUGUGCCCAUGAUGCCAGGGCUUGGUGGCAUGGCACCAAUGCCAGCCAUGGUUAUGCCCCAGGCGCAGCCUAUGGUUCCAGCAGUGGAUCCCAACCAGUUAGCAGCACAGCAGCAAGCCUUUAUCAACCAGCAAGCCAUGCUCAUGGCCCAGCAGAUGACCCUUCAAGCCAUGAGCAUGUCCCAGCAGCAGCAGCUACAGCAGCGGCGCCAGCAGUCUCAGCAGUCUCCUGAGAACUCGAGGCAGAGAGGCUCAACUCCACCACAAGCCCCAGCCACUUCCCCCAAACCCAAGACGUCUCCCAGCACCCAGAAUAUUGCACAGCCACCAAAGUCUCCAGAAGCUCCAGCUCGGGCGGAAGAAACGUUUUCUGACAGUGAGGAUGAUGACUAUCUUCCAGAGACUUUCCAGCAGAAGAAAGAAUAUUUCCAGAAAAUGGGACAGCAACACAUCCGAGUGAAGAAAGUCAGGCCUCCUUCUAAAACCUGGACUCCUCCAGCAAAUCCCCAGCCAAAAGAGGAAGAAGGGAAGGAAGAAAAGAAAGAAGAAAGGAAGGAAAAAGAGAAGCCAAGGCCUAAAACGGAGCCAGCUGCUGCUCCUAYUCCUGCGCCAAAGCCCCCAAAGCAGCCGCCCCCAGCGAGGAAGGAGCCGCCUGUGGUGAAGCCCUCGGGCCCCGAGUCGCGGCCUGCGCCCAGCCGGGAGAUYGGCAACAUCAUCAAGAUGUACCAGAGCCGGCCAGCCCCCGAGCCCCAGCCCUUCGAGCCCCUCCGGAGAGCGUCUAAGCCCUUCAUGAAGAAGAACGACCCCAAGGACGAGGCCCUGGCCAAGCUGGGGAUGAUGAAUCUUCAGUCUCCCAAAUCGCCACCCCCUGGGCCGCCGGAGAAGAGCCCCAAAGGCAAUCCUCCGCCUCCCCCACCCAAGAAGGGCUCCGCUUCCAGCUCCAUCAGGGAGAAGCAGAUGCCUCUCCUGUCCCUCUUUGGUGACCCACCAAGUACUCCUCCAGCCGCUCAGACCCCUCCUGCUCCCCCACCCUUGCCCGCACCCCUCUUUCCUGGGGACCAAGGCCAGCAGGAACCUGCAAAGAAAGCCUCUACUGCGACAGUGGCAGAAGAUGACGGUAUCAAGACGCAGCUGUACAGGCUCACUGCCAGCGUCAGCUUCUCCUACGCCAAACCUCCAUGGAAAAUCUAUCUGCGCAAAGAGGUGUUUUACCCCAAAGAAAACUUCAGUCACCCCUAUUGUCUGAACUUGCUGUGUGAACAGAUCAUCCGUGACACCUUUUCUAAUUCCUGCCUUCGAAUCUCCAGGGAGGAGAAGCGCAAGAUGAAAGAUCUACUGACGGAAUUCCGGGUUGGUGCUGAUGUCCAGUCCAUUCAGGAGGAGGGGAUCAAGAAGAGGAUUGUACUGGCUGCUCGGGAUAACUGGGCUAACUAUUUCUCCCGCCUUUUCCCAGUUCAUGGUGAAAAUGGAAGUGAUGUCCAGAUCCUGGGGGUUUCUCACCGGGGCCUGCGGCUGCUGAAGGUGAUAGGGGCGGCCGGCUAUACCCCAGAGCACCUGAAGAUCCUUUGCAGCUACAGCUUUGCAGAUGUGCUGUCAGUGGAGCUGAAGGGCAGCAACACCCUGGAGUUCUCUCUGAAGACAGAACAGCUCUUCCUGCACUCAGCAAAGGCUCGGCACAUCAAGGCCAUGGUGGACCUCUUCAUUCAGGAGCUGAGGCAGGAUACCAACUACGUUAUUGCUCUGCGCAGCUAUGUCACAGAUGACAGGAGCCUCCUGAGCUUCAAGAAGGGUGACCUCAUCCAGUUACUGCCCAUGCAAGGCGUGGAGCCAGGUUGGCAGUUCGGCUGUGUUGGAGGCCGCUCUGGUCUCUUCCCUACCAGCUUAGUGCAAUUGGCUGCAGCCCCUGAUUACCUCAACACCAACAUGGAYGGACGUGGCAAGAUACGGAAGAACGUGAAAGCUCCCAUGGAGGGCAGGAACACCAGCAAGGAGAGCUCUGUUCCCAGCGUGACAUCAGAAUCCAGCAGCAGCAUGUUUGUUCCUGUUGGUGAUCGUUACACCAUGGUGGACUUUGCCACAGCCCAUUUUCGGGAGGCUCAGUCCCUGUUGGGAGGGAAGGGUGAAAAGAAGAGUGCAGCUGACCUGGUCCAGCACACCAAGGUCCCGCUCCAGGGGGCUUUGCUGCGGUACAAUGACAGCGAGCUGAACGAGCUGGCUUCAAAGAACUUCAYGAGUGUAAUGCGCUUCAUGGGAGACCAUUCCAAGCUCAAGAACCAGAAUGAGAUUGAAUGCAUCUAUGAAAUCCUUCAGCUCUGCAAGGAGAAGGAGAUUCUGCACGAUGAGGUGUACUGCCAGGUCAUCAAGCAGGUCACCUACAACCCUAAACAGGAGAGCUUGAUGCGGGGCUGGCUACUCCUAAACCUGCUUACUGGGUAUUUCCUCCCUUCCAACACACUCAUGCCCUACGCCACCAAGUUCCUGCAGCAAGCGAGCAGCGAUCCCUCCAGCACCCACCAUGACAUAGCCAAGAUCUGUCAGAGCAACCUGCGGAAAAACGUCAUGUUUGGGGGCCGCCGGCACCUUCCUUUCCCUGUGGAGAUGGAGGCGUUGCUGAAGGGGCGUGGGGCCCGCCGACUCGUGAUCUUCAUGCCCGGAGGUGUCGAAUACCUCACCAGAAUCAAGACCUUUACUGUAAGCAAGGAGCUCCUGCAGGAGAUCUGUGAGCAGAUGGGAGCAGGCGAGCAGGAAGAGAUCCGGGAAUUUGCUCUCUUUGCCAUCAGGAGUGUCGCCAAUAACCCCGUGAAAAUGGUGAGGCCCAUGAGACCAGAGGAGUAUCUUCAUGAUUACCUGCUGGAGGACAACUUGAUCACCAUGAGUUUACGGAGGGUCACCUGGAAAACGCCUCUGCACUUUGAGAACAGUAUUUAUACUGAUUUCCAUUAUGGACAGAUACUGUGGGAUUACAUAAACGGGAGGAUUCUGCUGGGCUACAGCAAAGAGGUGGAGAUGCAGGUGAGCAUUUUGGCAAUGCUCCAGCACUGGGCCAAACCAACGGAGCAGCAGAGCCCCGUUCCCUCCAGGGAGGAGCUCAAGGAGUACACGCCAAGGCUGCUGCGCUCGCGCCUCAGCGCCCAGGCCCUGGAGAGCCGCGUCGCCCAGCUGCUCAGGGCCCGCCGGCCGCUCCAGCCCCUGGACGCAAAAAUCCAGUUUAUAGAGCAUGUGAUGAAGGUGCCUCUCUUUGGCUACAACAUCUACCUCGUGGAGAGAACCAGUGAUGAGACGAUCCCCCUGCCCUGUUUCUUCGGUGUGAAUAAAGAACAGAUGAUAGUGCUGGACAGCGAUGCCCAGAUCUGCCGUGUCAUUCCACUGAAGCAGCUGCAGAAGAUGCGGACGCUGCGACCCUCCUGCGAGGGCGGCCUUCCRGGCAUGGAGCUGGACUACGGCUCGGCUGCCAGCCCCAAGACUCUGUGGAUUGAACUGGCGCAGGCUAAAGAAGCGUACCACACAGUUGUUGUCAUCUUGAGUCAAACUGAAUUUCAGCACUAGAAACUGAGCAGAAACAGCCAGGCAGAAAAGCACCAGUCUCCUUUCUGUGGGCUUGCUCAGUGCUCCUUGCCCUGGGAAGGGCUCUCCAAAGAUGUCCUUGAGCUCUGCUGCUUUCCACGACUGCCGCCCCCGUCACGGCCCCUUUGCUGAUGGACUGGCUCAUGAUCUCACCUGUGUGACUUGCCAUCCCGUCCCCGUGAGUCGUGCCCUUCCUCAAGGGGUGKUUUCACACCACUGCUUUGCCCUGCCUGCUCCAGCACCGAGCAGCUGAGCAGAGGGAAGCACAGAGGCAACUGCCUUCAGGCUCUGCAAUGGGGSGAUUGUUUGUCCUCUUUCUUUCUUUUCUGAAUUAAUCACGGGCACAAAGACUGAUGCUUGCUGGAGMCUUUUGUAUUUUUUGUAUCAGAAAGCAAAGCCAGAGCUAUGAUACGACUGCACUGGCUGCUGGUAUUUCUUUAAGAUCAUUUUUUUUCCCCUCUAUCUUGAUGUGCAAGAGAUGCUCUACAGGAGGGUUUSUGAAGCAGGAGCUUGUAAAAAGCAUCUAAAUUACAAAACAAAUCACUGUUAAUAUGCAGUWACUACAUGUGCUGGGUCACAGAUGGAGCUGCAAGGGUAAGGAUGUUUAUUGUUCAUUAAUUUCUUACAUAAUUAUGUGCAUCUUUUUCCUUCUAAUAUAAAGAACUUAGUCAUGUCCAUGCAGCUGUCGCACUUAAAUGAUGGC